CGCUCGAAUUGACUGGCAUUCCAGUUUUUCGACGUUCCGCCGUCAACCGGCAAUAAGGAGAAUACCAAAUGGAAGGUACUUCUCAGUUACCACCUGAAGAAAAGGGUGUGAGGGAAUUUCGUCUGGAAAAAGAUAAUGAACUUCGCUUUGAAGUGGAACAUGAUGCUGAAGUACAGAUGGAGUUGAAGGAAGGCCUGGCUGAGGUGUUUGGUACAGAACUACUCCGAAACAAUGUGUACAGGUUUACCGCUGGAGCCAAAGUAGCCGUGUUUACUUGGCAUGGAUGUUUAGUACAUCUCAGGGGAAAGACAGAAGCAGCCUACGUAUCUAAGGACACGCCAAUGCUUAUGUAUCUUAACACCCAUGCUGCACUUGAACAAAUGAGGAACCAGGCAGAACUUGAUGGAACAAGAGGUCCUAGAGUCAUGAUUGUUGGGCCUCAAGAUGUUGGCAAGAGUACUGUUUGCAAGCUGUUGCUUAACUACGCCAUUAGAGUUGGUAGGCAGCCCACUUACGUAGAACUUGACGUUGGACAGGGGACUAUAUCAGUGCCUGGCACGGUUGGUGCACUUCUUGUUGAACGGCCAUCUGAUGUUGAAGAGGGCUUCCCACUGGCGGCACCUUUAGUCUAUCACUUUGGAGUAACAACACCGGGAGCUAACCUCAAACUAUAUAACCUCCUCACAUCGCAAAUUGCCGAGAUGCUGAACAUGCGAUGCAAGGUCAAUCCUAUAGCUUCUGUAAGUGGAUGUAUAAUCAACACGUGUGGAUGGGUAAAAGGUGAUGGGUAUAAGUGCAUUACACACGCAGCACAAGCCUUUGAAGUUGAUGUAAUUGUAGUUUUGGACCAGGAGAGAUUGUACAAUGAACUAGUAAGAGAUAUGCCAUCAUUUGUAAAAGUAGUCCUUCAACCUAAAUCUGGAGGGGCUGUAGACAGGUCGCAAACAUUCCGAAGAACAACCAGAGAUGAUAAAGUUAGAGAAUAUUUUUAUGGAUUCCGAAAUUGUUUCUAUCCUCACUCAUUCGAUGUAGCAUUCCAUUCUGUUGAAAUUUAUAAAAUAGGAGCUCCUGCUGUACCAAAUUCUUGUCUUCCAAUUGGGAUGACCCCAGAAGAUAACCAGACCAAACUUGUACCUGUUCAGCCAAGUCAAAAUUUAGUGCAUCACAUUCUUAGCUUAAGCUCAGCAAAGACACGGGAAGAUGACCUGGUCACUGCCAAUGUAGUGGGGUUUAUUUGCAUAACAAAUGUUGACAUGGAAAGGGGAUCAUUCACUGUUCUGUCACCUGCACCUAGACCUUUACCUCAGCGGUACUUGUUGCUUAGUGAUGUCCGAUUCAUGGAUAUUAAAUGAAGUAUUAGAUUAGUUUUUUUUUAAAGUGGGAAAUUGAAGCAACAAGGGAGUAAUUUUUCUACUGGCUAGCGAUGGCCACACAUUACAUGAAAGUUCUGGUAAAUGAAAUGACUAGAAUAACUCAAUCUUUACUAGAACCACACAAGAUUAUACAGUUUUCUUAUGUUUGUAAACCUAAUUUAAGUGUAUUUUAAGU